GUGAUCGUGAGGUUGAUGGGCACAUGACAUCGCCGGCGGCAAAGACGCCUGGUCUAGAGGCAAGCAAUGAUCCACUUGACACCCUCCUCGCGAGAUUACUCGCAUCUACAUCGGAAGGCAGCGACGACGACUCCAAGGGUGUGGCCGGUGUACCCAAGACAUCGGCAAGGGGGCCGAUGCGAGCCGGCAGUCGCGUGGAAGACCACGACCCGUGGAAAGCGCUUUCAGACCAGGUCAAUGACGAGAUCUCACGUCAAAUUUUCGAUGAUUUGGACAAGCAGCUGGAUGCCCAGAUGAUGGCGGAACUAGAGAAGUGCCAAGAAGAGCAAAGCCGCCUAAUGGACGAAGAGCUUGACCGACAGAUCCAGGAGCAACUAGACGCUAUGCUGGAUGCAAACCUUGGGAGUGAACUUCGGGACGACCAGGAUGGAUACGAAUAUUACUCAGACGAAGACGAAUAUUCCUCGGACGAGGAGGGCUACGAGAUCGAGCGUUUACCGUGGUCGGAGGGCGGGGAGGGGGGUAUUGGAUCGCUCGGGCUGGGAGAAAGUGAAAAUGGCGCUAGUAGUUGCGAGGCGCACAUGUUUGGUGCGCCAAAGUACACCAAAGACGAACUUGACAAAAUGGUUGACCUCCUUUAUGGAGAAGGAGGAGCGGGGAAGCAGGUUGGGCCAGGCGCUUGGGGUCGGGGUAGUUGGAGACCAAGAGGGGACAAAAGCUGAAAAUCCUGCCAUAGCUUCGCACAGGUCAACCAUCAGCUUUGGCCUCGCGAUGUGGUAUAUAUAUAUAAAUGUAUUUGAGAGUGUUGUGGCGCCUUGCGCGGCAGCUCAUGUUUUUUCACAACAGUUCAAGUUCGCAACAGAGUGUCACGACGCGAAAAUUCCCCAACCACUGGCUAUCCAUAUCUUGGCUUCCAGCGUGUGUGAUGGAAGGGAUAAGCCAAGUAUUGCGUGUAAUAUUUUUGCGCUGAAAUGCGGCGGAAGCAUGUUUUGGUUUACCGCUUGGUCUGCUUUUGUGUUCCGUCAUGUCUAGCACAAGCCCGUGUGUGAGCAGUUUCAUCAACAAACUGAAAUGAUCGAAGGAACCGAAGACAAUCCGCAUGAUUUUUCUUGUUUAAG